AUGUUUCUCCCUAUCCUUUCCAGCGCGUUUGCUUUGGCAUUAUUCGCAAUCAACGCCAACAGCGCAGCGCUUUCCAAUCGUCAAGCCACCACGGAAACCGUUCUUGGUUCGUUCUAUGCCUAUGGCGAAGGCGUCGAUGGUCUGCCCGUGUUUUGGUCCGAUGAGACAGCUUUCAUUGGGCUCCAGCCACCUGAAGAUUCGACGACUGCUGCGAAUGUUACAUUCCACGACGAAUCUGACAGCACCACUCUUACUGUGACGGCGAACGACACCGAAACAUUGUCUGCUACGACCUUCUUUGUCGACAACUCCGCCGGCGCUUUCGAACCAGCCGGCUUUACGAGCACUCCUGAGAGCGCCGACGAGCUUGUCACCUCGGGAUUCAUUGUCUUUGGAAAUCAGCUCGUCUUGGUCGAUGACACUGGCGCCUUGGAGCAACUCUGGUGGGCCGUGCCCACUGCAACCGAUGGAGUUUGGAGCUUGCGCUGGAAUGUUGACACUGUGACGGAUGACAACGCAGUCCCGGUGGUCGUUAAGAACGUGGCUCCUGUUCCGAUCGGAGUUGGAACUUCUUAG